CAGCUGAAACUUUUUUGGACUCUGCGCGAAUGUAGCGUGUGUUUUACCAUUUUACAGGCAUAAUGGCUUUUUAAAUUUAGUCCUAAUGCUGUUUAAACUCGGGUUAAACAACAAACUUGCCGACUAAACAGCUGAAACUUUUUUGGACUCUGCGGUCUGUUUGUAAACAAGGGCGCCAGUAUCUGCCAGAUGACGUCACCUUGAUUUGGUCUAUAAGUCAGUUGAGGCGUGCAAAGCUUGGAAAUCUUUGGAAAUGGAAGUUCAAAGCAGCGAUGCCAGCCCAGCUCGCAGAUUAUUGUGGGACGGACUGUGUAAAUAUAUGUAUAUUCCGAAAAAGUAGUCAAAAUUACCAGACUUGUAUCGAGUCCGUUAGCCCUGGCAAAUUUUCUCCUAUCCGCAAGAUUUCUAUUUGAAAGCAGAUGGUCCAAUGAAGAGCGGGCGAGAUAUUCAACAUUAUCACUUGGUUUUCCUCGAGUAGAUCACUAAUGCCACAGAACCAUGCCUGCUACUAACGAUACCAUUACUCUACCGGAUGUAGUUGGAUUGGCCGCAGUGGCAGCAGUAGGCUACGGCUCUUUCAGAAUAAUCAGAGCAAUUUUCAGCAGUCUAAAGCCACCCGUCCAGAGAUUUACCAUCCCACUAGAAAUACAAUCACUUCAGAUAGUAACAACCCACAAUGAGUUCUGCGAUGGUUUGCAAGAACUGCGAACGCAUUGCGAUGAAUUUCCUGUAUUGGGGCUAAGCUGCGACUGGACUCGGGAUACGGUGCAAACGCGCAAUCCCAUCAAAUCGCUGCAGUUGUCGUCGUACCGAGGAACGUGCCUAUUGAUAAAGUUUUGCCAUCUAGACCGAAUCCCAACAGAACUCAAGCAAUUGUUGAGCGACGGCAGCAUUUUAAAGGUUGGUGCAAACAUCCUUCGAGAUGUCAAGGUGCUAAACGACGACUGCAAUAUUGAAGUUGCAGGCGUUGUAGAUCUGCAUCACCUCGCAAGCAAAACAUUGUGCGCUCCUUAUGCAGUUUAUAAUGCAAUAUGUAGCAUAGAGAAGUACUAUAUCCCGGAUGAUUCUGAUUGGGAAUUUAACAGAUUAUCGCUAGAAGAGAACGCCGCACGAAAUACCCAUGAAUCAGUAAUAAUUUUUGAACAGCUUGCAGGGUACUUGGUUGGACAACGAGGUUUAUCUAUGUCCUACAAGGAAUGGUUUGAUGAUUGCAUAGAAAACGAGGUGAGACGUAUAAUAGAUCAACCAUUGCCAUUGUUUAUGGUAAGCUACGAAGUAAAUCCGGGUCCCAAAUUUACCAUUCCGCUUUAUGGGAGCUUAAAAUCGAUGUUUCCGAGCUAUACAGCAAGUUAUCUGUGCUUGGAACAUAUGUAUGAAAAGAUCCCCUUACUGGGAUUAGCCGUCUUGUCAAACGAUGAUCAGUUUUAUCUACACUUAUCGUCGUACCGCGGAAAAGUAGCCGUGAUUUCGCUUUGGCAAAUGAAUCAUAACAUACAAGUACUUCGUCAACUGCUAAGCAAUGAACAAAUAUAUAAAGUUGGGAUCAAUAUCAUGCGCGAUAUUCAAAUAUUAGAGAUCAUUUUUAAUUUACAAGUUUUUGGCGCAAUAGAUUUGAGACACCUUGCACAUAAAAGUGGCAUUAGCGGAUCGUAUGAGUUUUUAGGACUGACCGAGACAAUACUUGGAGGAGAGCUGGACAGGACGCGAUUAAAUAGAGCUCGUACUUCACUAGUAAUUUUUGUAAAUUUGGCUGAACGUUUAGUUCCGCGGUGUUCCUUCAUGACUUACCAAAGGUGGUUCUGUGACUACGUGCGGGAUAAAAUAAAAAUUUUCAAAGAUCGCCCAUACGUAGUGCCUAGUGCUCCGCCUCCCCAGAGACCUGUUCCGCGUAACGAACAAACAGCUGCAGUGGCGGUAGCCGAAAGCACGAAUGCCCCGCAGAGCGCACCGCCUGAGCCAAAAAUUCUGGUAGCAACAACCCCCAUUCAUGUGUUUCAGGGCUUGAAAAUAUUGCGCAAACAUUGCGUUGAAUUCCCCGUACUAGGACUAGACUGUGAGAGCAUUGAACUGCUACAACUAUCCUCGUUCCAAGGAGCACGCUUGUUAGUCAGAUUUAACCGAUUGAAAAAGAUUCCUAAGGCACUCGAAAACCUGCUGAGCAAUAACGAUAUAUUGAAGGUGGGCAUUGAUAUCCUCAACGACGUCAGGACACUGGAGACCGAUUACAACAUAAAAGUUUCGAACGUGUUGGACUUGCGGCAUCUCGCUCACAAAGCCAACAUUUCAGUAACGGACGGAUUGGCUGGACUAGCGAGAACAAUCUUGCAGAUUGACUUGGACGAAAGCCAACGGGUAAACGCGUCAAAUUGGAGUCGAAAAAAACUAUCGUUGGAACAGAUUGCGUACGCAGCAAACACGGUAUACUUUUCAGUACUACUAUUUGAACGGUUUGCUAAACUUCUAGUUCCGCAGACAGCGGCUGUAUCCCACAAGAAAUGGUUUGAAUCGGUGCAUAAUAAAAUAACAUGCUUUAAGGAUCAACCGUACCUAAUUCUUCCCGGUUCGACUGUCUAAAAAGAAGAGGAGAAAUAGGAAGAAGAGGACGUGCCUAUGAUGCCCGGAGUUGGAAUUAUUUCAUUUAUUGCUUCUGCAUGGAAUAGUAAACUGAAAGGUACACACUUCAAUUUUUCAUUUUUUUUAAAUCACUAGAAAUUGUAAGUACAUAUAUUAUGCUUUAUAUUGAACGAAAAACAACAAUGGUUUUUAGAUUUGAAUUUUACAAUUCCGUGCCUCUUAGGUCUUAAGGAAAAUCACCGAACCUGGUGAAACGGAAGGCGAAAAGAUAAUGUUACGCAGUACCUAUUGCUGAUAGCAAGAAAAAUUUUACAUUAAUCAUAAAGUGCGCGAUCGCUCACAAAAGGGCUACUCUAGACCAUAACGAAAAAGUGUGCCGAAGAUAUCGAAGCAAUUCAAUUUAAAAUAAUGCUUUUAUGAGCGGUUGCGCACUUUUGAAUGUAUUUUUUUCAAAUCAGCAAUAUUCUUGCUGUACUAUGACUGUUUUUUCUAAUAAA